GCGCUCACUCGCCUCAAAAGCCCUUCCAUCAGCGCAUCUGCUCUAAGAAUGGACGCAGACGGUUCCGCCGCCCGCCUUCGCCGCGAGGGUGCCCUGUGACCGGUGGGCCAGAUGAACCCCCGGCGUCCGGAUUCGUCCUCCUCCGGCAUGCAAUGGCUUAACCGGAGAGACAUGAGCAUCCGGCGCGGGGACGGCGUCACGCUGUGCCAGAGGGCUCUGCAGAUCGUCACGGACCUUUGCCUGACCGGACAUGUGGAUCUGGAAAAAUGCUCUGAUAUUUUUCCCCUGGAGAGCAGCAGCAUACCAGGUAAAGGACAUGCAGACAUCUCCAUCAGUCUCCUGGCCGUGGUAGUGGGCUUUUGCGGCCUUGCCUUGCUGGUGGUGUCGCUUUUUGUCUUUUGGAAGCUCUGCUGGCCUUUCUGGAGGAGCAAAGCACUGACAGCCAACGGCGGACACGACGGUCUCCAUGUCGCCUUUCCUGACUCGCCUACCCACAAUUCGCCACCCUUGCCUGAUAAAACGUCAGCGUUGGAAGAAAAGAAGCACUGGCCGGAAGCGAAGGCAAACUGCAGGAGCACGGUCAAGCUCCUGGAGGCGGCCAUGAAAAUCAGCCAGACGUCACCAGACAUCCCCGCCGAAGUGCAGACCACCCUGAGGGAGAAGCUGAGCCAUCAGGCCAAGAUCCAGAGGCAGACCACCGAGCCGACGUCAUCCUCGAGGCACAACUCAUUCCGUCGACACCUGCCACGCCAGAUGAACGUCAACAGCUUUGACUUCAGCAUGGACGCCGUGCCUUUCAGACAGUCCUCCACGACAAGUAUCGGCAGAAUCAAACCGGAACUUUACAAGCAGAAGUCCGUGGACUCUGACGGCGAACCCAGAGAACCCAUCGAGACUUGCGGCAAGCUCAGCUUCUCGCUGCGUUACGACUACGAGGAGCAGGCGCUGGUAGUGAAGAUCCUCAAAGGCAUGGAUCUGCCCGCUAAAGACUUCACGGGGACAUCGGACCCUUACGUGAAGAUCUAUCUUCUACCAGAGAGGAAGAAGAAGUUCCAGACGCGAGUCCACCGUAAAAAUCUGAAUCCCACCUUUGACGAAACCUUCUGCUUUCCCGUGGGUUAUGACGAGCUCUGCAAUCGAAAGCUUCACCUGAGCAUCUUCGACUUCGACCGCUUCACUAGCCACGACAUGAUCGGCGAAGUGGUGGUGGACAACCUUUUCGAGCUCUCUGACCUUUCUCGAGAGGCAGUGGUCUGGAAAGAUAUCCAUGCCGCAACCACGGAGACCGUUGACUUAGGGGAGAUCAUGUACUCGCUGUGCUACCUCCCCACAGCGGGGAGGAUGACUCUGACGGUCAUCAAAUGCCGAAACCUCAAAGCCAUGGACAUCACAGGCUCUUCAGAUCCGUAUGUAAAAGUCCACCUGAUUUGUGACGGACGCAGGCUGAAGAAGAGGAAAACAACAACCAAGAAGAGCACACUCAACCCAGUGUACAACGAGGCCAUCAUCUUCGACAUACCCCCGGAAAACGUAGAACAAGUCAGCCUCUCCAUUAUGGUGAUGGAUUACGAUAGGGUCGGACAUAACGAGGUGAUUGGCAUUUGUCGCGCCGGGCCGGAUGCGGAAGGCCUCGGACGGGAUCACUGGAAUGAAAUGUUGGCUUACCCGCGGAAACCCAUCACCCACUGGCAUGCCCUGGGAGAGGGGCCUGGAAGGGGUGCAAGCUUCGAGAGUCAAGGCUCAUGUACAUCACCCAAACCUCCACAGACGCCGUAAGGUAGCGUCAAAGUUGAUAACGGGUUGUAUUAACGUCAAUCCAUUACCUUAAAAAAUUUCUAUCAACUUCAAGACUUUCACAUUCGUUGAUCCUGAUACAUUUUGCCCUCGCUGAUAUUUUCUCUCUGAAAUGUCAGGGCUGCAACGGCUCUGUGCCAGAAAAAAAAACAUUUACAGGGUAAAAAUAUUUCAACGAAAACUGGAUGCAAAAGGGCUGGGUUCUUAUCUCAGAGUAUGCAUCAGUCAACACAAGCAGAUCAGAUCAUUAGACUGCGCGAAUGUAGCAGAUAAAUGUAGCAGACAUACAGUAUGUAAAGAUUGAUCCAAAAAUAUAUUUAUUUUUAUUUAUAUCCAAUGUAACUACUAUUUACUGUAUUUAAAUACUGAUAUUACGAUCAAUGUCAAACUACAAAGUGAUGUGAUGGUUCUGUGCUUUGGUCGCAAAUACAAAUGAACAGUCUAUAUACACAAUACAGAUGUACAGAAAGGUUAAUUCUCAAUGGAUGUUUCAAUGUGGACAAGAUUUAACACGUACAUAAUUCAGAAAAUAGGAACCGUAUGUCAGUCUGACGUCUAAAAAACGAACAAGCAAACAAAAGUUAAUGAAAAAAAUUUCUGCAUCCACUGUUUCGGUCCAGGAUGCUACGGUAAUGUUGGUUAGCGUAGUAUUCAAGUUUGGUGUCUUUGAUCAGCUCAGACAAGAUAAUCUGUUUUGAUCAACUUGUGCAAUUUGUUAUUUUUAAACUUUUUCGACUCUUGUGGAGCAAUGUGGUACUAACAAAAGAGCACUGUGCUAGAUUGCUAGCUUCACAAAUACAUCAAUUCACUUUUUUAUUUGGAAAAAAAAAAAUCCAAUUUGAAGAAAAUAUCAAAUGGGGACAUAUAGGUUAUCAUUUUCUUUGUUUUGUUUUUGUUUUUUUGGCGUGGAAACAAAUGAAUAUGUAUGUACAUUUUUACACAAAGCCAUACAAGUAUUGAUGCAUCUACAAUAAAUGUCUUGUCAGUAAUAUUAAAAAAAGGCUAUGUACUGUUAUGAAACCAUCACAAGCACACUGUACAAUGACGCUUUCUUCUGCACUGCCGUACAUGUUAAAAAUCGAUAUUUUAUUUGUAGCAUGGUUCAUGUUUUAUUUAUGGAAAAUGUUAGUGUUUACACUUGUACAUAAUGAAAAGUAUGUAUGCAUUUCUAUUGUUUCGUGACAGUGGAAUCACGUUUCUCAUGGAUUCUGUACUAAGACGUCACGUCAUGUCAUGAUCAGUUUGUGAUAACUUUUGUAUUUCAAAGUCCAAAUUUGUACUAUCAUCACUGUAUAAAUUUCAUAAGCAUUUCAACAAAAUAAACCAACAUUUUACAU